UUAACGGUUUUGCCAAUCGGUUACAUAUGGCGGACCGAAUCAAAAAUAUGUACUUUCUGAUUCAGAAAACUUCACAUAUUACAAAAGUACUCCAUCCUUUAUGCGCCUUGCCUAGACAUAAACUUAUUCCAGUUAAUUGUAGCUUGUGGUCGUUGGCAAAUCAAGCUUGUGGAACAAAUGCUUGCAAAGUAUUUAACGAAAUCGAACGGACAAAAGGUUUCCCACUUUUACAGAAGAGGAGUUUAUCAUUGCGGCAAUUUCACGGACGUGCCUCAAAUGUAAAAUAUCAAAAGGCUAAGAAACCAGAAACUUUACAAGAGCUUGUUGAGGCGACUGAUGGAACGCAGACAGCCGUAACAGUUGGUCAAAAAGUUGUUCAAGCUGGAAAGGAUGUCAGUUAUUUUGCCAUUCUUUUGGCUGGAUUUGCUGUUACAGGUGCAUUGUUAUGGUAUGUGAUCAGUGAACUGUUCCUCAGUAGCAGUCCCAAUAAAAUUUAUGCCGAUGCUUUAAAGAAAGUGAAAAUGAAUGAAGAGAUCAUUGAUGCACUUGGGGAGCCAAUCAAAGGAUACGGAGAAGAAACUGGAAGAGGUCGUAGACGUCAUAUAAGUUAUCAAGAAUAUAUUGUGGGAGAAGAUAGUUACAUGAGAGUGAGAUUUUAUGUUUCUGGUUGUUAUCGCAAGGGAACGGUUCACGUUGAUAUGAAGCAAAUGUCUUCAAGGCGUUAUGAAUAUCGCUACAUAUUUGUCGAACUAGAUGGCUUUCCCUCGCGGACGAUUGUUAUUUUGGACAACAGGCUGGAAACUGGUUGAAGUUUAGCAGAAAUAGAGCAGUAACUUUACUAUAAAUGUAUUGAUUUACACGAUGAAUUAUCUACUCGAAGGUUUAUGGUGAACGGGAAAAUUGAGCUGGCUUUGUCUGGCGUUCUUUUUUAAUUAUUUUAGAGAAACGUUGACACACUGAUCGUCAAAUGACAUAACUUCUGUCGUUAAACAAAAUGAAUCACUGGAGAUGAAUUGCAAUUGUGAUUUUAGGUGUCUUAUUUAUUCUUCGUAGGCAGUGUCAUCGUAUAAAUUUAUUGCUGCAAAAACCAGUAAUUUUGCUUGCUUGCUUAGUAACUACACCUGAUUAUACCACGAAAGACUGAAUAUCAAUAA